UCGGCGGCCGCGCGGCUGGAACCCACUGGAAGAGAUACAGGCUACUCCAGAGCAGCAGCAGCUGGUGGAGAAAUGGAGGUGCAAUCCUAUUAUGCCAAGCUCUUGGGGGAGUUGAAUGAACAGCGAAAGAGGGACUUUUUCUGUGACUGCAGCAUCAUUGUGGAAGGGCGGAUCUUCAAGGCCCACAGGAAUAUUUUGUUUGCCAACAGCGGCUACUUCCGAGCACUGCUCAUUCAUUAUAUUCAGGACAGCGGGCGGCACAGCACUGCCUCCCUGGACAUUGUCACUCCUGAUGCCUUCUCCACCAUUUUAGAUUUCCUCUAUUCUGGGAAGUUGGAUUUGUGUGGGGAGAACGUGAUUGAAGUCAUGUCGGCCGCCAGCUACCUGCAGAUGAACGACGUGGUGAACUUCUGUAAGACAUACAUCAGGUCAUCCCUUGAUAUCUGCCGAAAGAUGGAGAAAGAGGCCGCUGUGGCUGCAGCGGUGGCAGCGGCGGCAGCGGCGGCAGCAGCAGCUGCAGCUGCCGCAGCGGCUCAUCAGGUUGACAGUGGAAGCCCCAGUUCAGGCAGGGAAGGGACUUCCUGUGAUACCAAGUGCUUGGUCUCCUCUCCAGUCAAGGGAGAAGAGAGUGUGGACUGUCCAAGAGAGUCCCCUUGCGGUGACUGCAGAGGCUGCCACCCCCUGGAACUGGUGGUGAAAGAUAGCCAGGGCAGUGGCUCAGCUGACAGUGACCUCUCUACUCUGCCCAAACAGAUAGAGCCCAAGGUGGAGUAUGAUGCCGAUGAAGUAGAGGUAGAGGUUGGUGAGCAGCUGCAGCAGUAUGCUGCCCCACUGAGCCUGGCCCACAUGGAGGAGGGUUUGCCCAGUGGCCAGGCCAUUGACUUGGCUUACAGUAACUACCACAUGAAGCAAUUCCUGGAGUCCCUCCUGCGCAACAGUGCUGCCCAGAGCAGAGAUGAUGUGGACCAUCACUUUUCUCGGAGUUUGGAGGGAAGACCAGAUGCAGGAGGAGCCAUGAGUUCCAUGAUGGAUAUCCAGACUGACUGGUAUGGAGAGGACUCAGGUGAUGUGCUGGUGGUCCCCAUCAAGCUCCACAAGUGUCCUUUCUGCCCUUACACUGCCAAACAGAAGGGCAUCCUCAAGCGGCACAUCCGCUCGCACACAGGUGAGCGACCCUACCCCUGUGAGACCUGUGGCAAGAGGUUCACUCGACAGGAACACCUGCGGAGCCACGCCCUGAGCGUCCACAGAUCCAACCGUCCAAUCAUCUGCAAAGGCUGCAGAAGAACCUUCACGAGUCACCUGUCACAGGGGCUGCGGCGCUUUGGGCUGUGUGACAGCUGCACCUGCAUUACAGACACACAUGAUGAUGAGGACGAUUUGAUGCCCAUCAACCUUAGCCUGGUGGAAGCUUCAUCCGAAAGCCAAGAGAAGAGUGACACAGACAAUGACUGGCCAAUCUAUGUGGAGUCUGGUGAGGAAAACGACCCCGCUGGAGAUGAUUCUGACGACAGACCACAAAUUCGGCCCAACUUAACAAAUCGAGAGACACUCACGUAGCAGUAAAUUGGUGGGGAAGAGGCUUUAGAAUUUGUUAUUGCUCAAUCUGUCGUUGAAAGCUACCUUUUGUCCAAUUUUGUGGAACCCUGAGAGGAACAUUUUUUCACUGUUAAUAUUUGCAUUUUCGUUAGACUACAUGGUAGAGAUUGGAUUUUGUGACUCAAAGGAUUAUGACUUUUUAGCAUGGUACCCUUGGUUUCUGAGAGCUUUUGCUGACCAUUCCUUAAUUCUGAGUGAAUCAAGGCUGGCCCUCAGGCCUCCAAACUCAGGUUAGGAGGAAAAUAAGGAAACCGCCAUGCCUCUUUUCAUAUUGUCUCAAUCUUCUGUAUUCCUUUGUUAUCAUCCUCUUUUCUCUGAAAAGGUGGGCAAGAAUUUAUUAAGUUUUGAGAUCAAUCUUACCUCUGCCGAGCCUCUCCUAGUGAAUUCCAUAUUCCAAUUUUCUGGUGAAGUAUUUAAGGGAAAGCUUUAUCGAUAUAAGGCAGACAGGGCUGUCUGGCUAUAUGAUCGUAAAAGGUACUUUCUAAAUCUAAGACUGCAAUUUUAUUAUUUAUUAUUUUUUAAGCGUCUACAGCACCAGGUAUUCCUAGGUGGUCUCCCAUCCAAGUGCUAACCAGGCCCGACCCUGCUUAGCUUCUGAGAUCAGACUAGAUUGGGCACAUUCAGGGUGGCAUGGCUAUAGACCAAGACUACAAUUUUAAAAGGGGAUAUUUAUGUGCAGACAAGCAUGGAAAUGAGCUAAAAGCCUCCUCAUGGCAUUCUGACUGACUUGCCCAGUUGAAUUAAAUUCUAAGUUAGCCCUGGGAAGUAAGCCCAUGAGCCCAGGUCUGGGUGUUUUCCCUGCUGGGUUUGGUAUUCGACAAUUCUACACACACAACCUGUUUUGUGAUCAUAAAAGAAGUCAUUUGGGCAAAACAAAAUGCUCCCCUGCUUUUUCAAGCCAUUUCCAGAGGCCACUGCUGUGUAACCUGGAAAUGCAGCUGCCGCUGACAUUCUUUUACUUUGUGAAUAGAACUCUAAUUGGAGGAAAAGUGUAAGCCUAUAUAAAUAAUAUAUUUCUAAAUAGUUUACCUUUUAAAAGAUCCUCUAGAAGGGAAGAGAAGGUUAGUAGAAGAACAGAUUUUUAAAACCCAUUUGCUUUUAACCCACUUUGCAAGCAUGCAAUUAUUCUAACAAAAGGCUGUACUUCUUUAAAGGGCUAACAAAGAAGGAAAUGUUAGGGAUUGAAAUUUUUAAGGCAUUUUCAUAAUUUUGUCUUAUGUUAAGUUAUCCAAAAUGGAUUUUAAAAGAAAUCCCUUUUUCUUCCUUUUAGUUAUAGUUAUGUUUCAAAAGGUAGUCAAAUCACUUUUUUUUACCUCUUGAACAAAAAAGAUCAUCAAAAACAUCAUAAAUUAGCUUGUAAGUGUUAGUCAUUGAAGAGUUCGAGAGGUAUUUAAACUGUACUUCUCAACAGAAAUUAAACUCUAGCUAGUGCUACUCAACCCGUGGCCUAUAGACAGAUGCUGAUCUAUGAAUUGUUUGAUACCCAUCCACACAGUAGGACCACGUAUUGGGCUGCAGUGGACUGGAAAUUUAAAAACUGGUCUUUUACCACAGAUAGUUUUAAAAUUAUUUUUAUAGAUCAAGAGUUACAAAUUGAAAAAUUACCAAGGACCGAGAACACUUUUCUUAACCUGAAAUGAAAAUAUUAGCUAUUGUUUUAAAAGAGGUAUAUUUAGCAAAAGGGACACCUAAAUGGAUAUGUAGAAGAUAUAUUUUGUAAGGAGUUAUGUUUGAUAUUUUUGUUCUCUCUGUUUAAAGUAUUUCUGAUGUUUUAAUAUGAUUUUUCUACCUCACAGUUUAACUUCUUUGCCUUGUUUCUCUGGUAGAGCAAGGACCCUCUUCAGUGACCCCAUGACCUAUUCAUAACAUUGGGUGCUAAGUAAAAAUUUUACAUUAGAGAUUUCAUUGUAAGACAGUGAUUUUUCAACUGGGGGUGAUUUUACCCUCUGGGGGUUGUUUGGCCAUGUCUGGAGACAUUCUCAGUUGUUACAACUUGGGGCAGGGUGUCACUAGUGUCCGGUGGGUAAAGGCAAAGGAUGCUGCUAAACAUCCUACAAUUCAUAGGACAGCCUCUUAAAACAAAGAAUUAUCUAGUCCAUACUGUUAAGGGUUAAAAGUUGAAAAACCCUGCUAAAGAGUAGGAUCUUAAAGCUGACCUUUAAUGAGUGAACUUAAUUUUGCGUUAUAUUUUAGUAUACCUUUUACCUUAUAAAUAUUUAAUAGGCCCUUGUGCCCCCACAAGUUUUGGAAAAUACUAGAUUAAUAAAAUGGAGAAUGGAGGCCAAAUUAUUCAUAACUUGCCAGAGAUCUGAUUAAGUUUGCAAUGUGGAAACUUAGAAAUUCCAACCAGAGUUGGAAUGCCCCCAGAACCACUACUAGGUUGUGAUCAUUUUAUUAAAUUUUAAAGUAGCAGAAUCAUUGGCAGGAAAAUGGAACACAAAGCUUACUAUUUAAAUGAUUCUCUUUUUUCCAUAAUGUCUUGAAUCGUUGCAUUCCUGGUUGUCUGUUCGGAGUUUGUAUGUUGGCAUUCGUAAUGACCGGAUUGCUGAAUUCUAUCACUUUUAAAGGAGACCGUUGUCUAGACUCUCAGAUCAUAAACUGCCUGUUUUAAAUUUAUGUUCACAUUUGGUGGUCAGUAUUUAUAAUCUGCACAGUGUCUUUGAGGUUUAAUUUGUGGAGUUGGUGAUAUUUUUAUAAUAUGUAAAUUCACAGUUGGGUCCAACACAGACCAUUAGUGAUUUAGGUUAUAUUCUGGCAUCUUUCUGGCAUAUUCAGUCCAAAUUCACAAAGGGAUACUUUCAUAUUAGAUAUAUUGCAUGAAUGGGAACAAGAUUCUUACUUGUGAUGGAAUUUUAAAAUGGCAUCCUUGGGAAGUUUUUUCUCUUGGGAGAAGGGGACAGGAUUUCGUAGCAAGGGUGGGAAAGGAUGUAAAUAAGGCCUCUAACUGUAAUAUAUGAAGAAAUGACAUUGAGCAUCGUGAAUUCUGGUCAUUUGUCAGAAAGAUGCCAUUUAGAUGUAAAUAUUUUGGUGGCCAUUAGACUGAAUAUUCCUUAAGAAAAUGACUGGUCGCAGAAUGUUGUAGAAUUGAAUAUUCUGGUGGUUCAGAAUACUGUGAUGGUUUUUUGUUAUUGUUGUCGUUCUUAAUUGAUGUGAUAAACCCCACAGAGAGAAAGGCAACAGGUAGAGUUACCUGUACAGAUCCUGAGGGCAGUGGGGAAGGCUGGAGUGGCCUUUGGUCAACUGAAUUCAGACUGUUUCAUUUGGACUUCUAGGUUUUUGUGUGUCCCUAUGCAUUGACAAUAGAAUUAUCUCUGUGAGGUCUAGUAUAAUGGGGUAGGGAGGGACAAAGUGUUGGGUGGGCAAGAAAUUCCUAUUAUACUCUGUUUUGAGCAUACACUAUACUUCCUGUCGUCGUUGGUCUCUUACAAUUUGUCUUGUGCUUUCAUGUGGUCACACUGUCUUCUGCCCCAAAAAGGGGGGCACUUUUAUUUAGUCGCUUAUGAUGGGCAAUGUUUUCAUUGAUUUUUGUUCAGUAUUUCCACAACAAUUAUUAUUACGUUCCUCAAACCUUUCAUUAUAGUGCUGAAAAUCUGAAUUCUUUUCUUCAAAUAAUGCUUCUGUAGAUACAAAAGGAAAGGUUUUGUUUGGCAGGAAUAGUUCGGUUGGUAUCUAACAUGUCCUAGUCUUAAAAGGUAACACUAACUCACACCAUUGUGAUUAGGUGAUAUAGAAGCUUCGUAACUUAAGGAGGAUGUUUAGCAUCUGAUCUGACCCUCCAGGUGGAUAAUUUUACUACUGCCAAUUCUUCAUUGAUAAGUGUGGUUUUGGGAGCAAUUUUUAUAUUCAUUUGAUUUUUGGACAAGGAGAUGGACCCACAUCAUGCAAAUAUGGGAGCUGUCCUGGUUUAAAAGCCUCUUGUCCCACAGGAGCAAGUGUCUCAUAACAACUCCAUAGACAUAGCUUCCAGGGUUCCCCUUGCAGGGGACAUAUCUAUUCCAAGAGUCACUGUACUUAGGGAAGCUCAGAGCUGUAGCUUCCUAUAAGGUAUUUAUAGUUCUCCCAGUCUCAGUGCAUUUUACCAAUUAGGGGUCAUUUCUGCCAUAUGUAAUGUUGCCUAGCAACAUAGUUGACAUACUACUCUUUAGUAAGUUGUCAGGGGAACAGAGCUAGAAAGUUAACCAGAGGUCAAAUUCUCACACAGAAGGGGAAAGGUUCUGUUAAUCCUUUACCAAAUAGCAUGCUGAGCAAUUGCAUAAUAGAUGCUCUACCUAGUUCCUAUAAAAUAUAGCCAGAGGAAUUUCCUAUUAAAAUAUAGCCAGCACCAGCUAACUUUUCCUCUCUUGAAGAGUGUUCAUUGCGCUUAGCUGCUUGUGAUUUAUACACUGCAGAUUUUGCUGAGAUAAGUGUAAGAGUUGGAUAAAUAGUCACAGUGGUCCUAUCAAAAUGUCACGUAUCCUUUGGUGCUGCUCAUAGUAGAUAGAUAUAGUAUGACAUACUUAUAGGGACAUUAAAUGGAAAUUUCUGGGAAUCUCAUCAAUCAUACUUUGAUGAGAACCUAUGUCCACCUGGCAACCACCAAACGCUAGGCUCUUGGUAACGGUGCCUCUUAUUGCUCUGUCAUGUGGUGCUACUCUUGCCUGCUUCCAUUGCUCCUCAAUAAGUGAGGAUAUUGGGUUAUCCAACAAUUAUUUAUGGAGUCCUUCUUAUGUGUCAGGCACUAGGGGGACAGCAAUGAACAAGCACGAUCCUUGCCCUCAAGGAACUUGUAGUGGGUAAUCAGGGAGACUACCAAAGGGUGUGACAAAUAGGGGCAAGGACAGGGUGCUCUGAGAGUGCUUGGGUAGAGCGCCUAGCCCAGUCUUAGAGCUUCAGAGAAGGCUUUCUUGUCUAAGCUACUGUUGGUGGUCCUUCCCAUCCAGUAAAUUUCUAGCUUUGGGAUACAGUUUAUGAGCAAUUUGAACAAUUUCUGACAUUUCUUGCCUUUUCCAAACGUGGUGGUUUUGGACAUUAACGGUGUUUAAAUUACUUGUUUUAUUCAGGUAUAUAAAAAUACUGUAAACAUUUUAGAAUAUCCUAGUCUUUAGAAAAAUGCAUUAGAUGCUAUGGUUUUCUUAUUAGAAACAAAUAACUUCCCAUUAUCUUGAUCCAGUAUAAUAAGAUAGAACAAAAGUAUUGUUACUGUGACAAAUGUGGAGGAGCCAGGCUGCAUCUGCCUUGAGUCUUGGCUGGCCAUGUAAACUGGUAAUACCCAGAAACCAGGAGAGAUAUGGGAUAGAACCAUUAAAUCAAGAAUUUGAGAAAUAAAAGGGAUGUUAGAGAUACUGUAGUCCAACUCCAUUUUACAGAGAGGUGAAAUGACUAGUUCCCAGUUCCCACACCUCUAGUUGGGAUCAGACAUCAGGCUCUGCCAGGUUAAUGCUAAUAAUAAACAUGUUUGGGCAGGUAGCAAAGAGCAUCUGUAGAUAGCAUUUGUUUCCUUAGGGUACCCAUUGGACUAAAACCACAGAAGAGGAAAGUGCUAUUUUAGCCUCAUGUGACUUUGUGUGAUCAUGGCCUGCAUUCUUGUAGUGCUUAAGACAGGAAGGGGGUGAAAUCACAUGUCGAGCAUGGGGGAGUUAAUUUCUUUGCCAAUAAUGCCAACAUAUUAUCUGAAACAACAUAAACACCACACAGACACACAUACACACACACACAGCAGAUCAAAAUGUCCACUUAUUUUAUAUGUAUCAUGUAUUUGAUUUUAGUAUAUUAAUUUUAUUUGUAAAAAAUUUCCAAUUUAGAAAUUAUACAUUUUCUUGAAAUUACUUUUGCCAACCUCUCUGACUUGAGAUAUAAAUUGGGCAUGAUUCAGGGAAGUUGACAAAGACAAUCUUAUUUGAAACAAACAAAAAAACAUAUUUAAGUCAGCAGCCCAUAUAAUAAUAUAGUAUUGAGUGAAAAUAUAUUUUAGGUAUUUCUUGACUCUGAAUUUUAAUAAAUCUACUGUAAAAGCUAAAUUUAUUUCAAGGUCUGUGGUAAUAUAUAACAGUUAUUAGUAAAACAGAUUUGCCACUUUAUGAUUUAAAAAUAAUUAGAAGCAUAAUAACUCUGUAUGGUGCCAGGUAGCUACUAGACUUAUUGGGGGAUCACUUUGUAAAUUAUGUACAUGUCUAACCACUAUGCUAUACACUUUAAACAAAUAUAAAAUAAUAUUGAAUGUCAACUAUAAUUGAAAAAUAAAAAUUAUUAAAAUAAAUUCAGGGAAAAAAUACUAUAGUAAAAAAAUGAACUAUUUUCAGGCACUAUAGUCAGAAUAGUGUGGGAGAUAUUUUAGGGUAAUUGAAGGCGAACAUCUUUAACUUCGUUCAUUUACUUCAUUAUUUGAGAAUGAAUCAUGCUAAGAUUCUGUGUGACAGCACCUAUGGAUUCAGCAACGCAUGGUAGCUAUUCUCUUACCUGGCAAGGUUUCCAGCUAUAAAACCUGCAUUAAAAAAAAAGGAAAAAAGAGAAAAGAAAGAAAUUUUGGCUAAAAAAACAAACAAACACACACCCUGCAUGAAAAAAUGACCUUGGAUAUUAUACAAUGGAUAGAAAAAGUUGAAAGGAAUUCUGAUUUCAGACAUAAUUUUUCAGACUUUCUUGAAAUAUAAGUGACUUUUUUUCUCUAAAAAUAAAAAAUACCUAGAACCAGAAAUAUUUAUCAGUAUUUGAUCUUAAAUAUAAAUAUUUAGUUUGGGACUAAAAUUGAUGCAAAUCACCUUUGAUUUUGUUAAAAUAACCUGUGGGUAGACAGGAAAUAGUCUCAAACUAAAUUUUUGUUUUGAUUUACAUAAGUCAGAUUGAGACACCCUAGUGACAAAUUUAGAAUAGAAAUAGCCUCAGCCAGGUUUAAGAAAUAGUCUUUUGUUCCUUUAUUGCUUGUUUUGUCUUCAGAAACAAAUGCAAUUUAACUAUUUUUUUGUACCUUCCAGAACUUUGACCUAAAUUAGAUAACUGUAAAUUUUAGAAUGGCUAAGGUCAAAAUGGUUAAAACAAUUUCUUUAGAAUGAAUGAAAAGAAUUAAGGAUUAAUUACCUCACAUGGAUGGGUUAAUAAUCUUUCAUAAUUUAAAUUUAGUUAAAUGUUUUUCUCAUUAGAAUUAUUUUGCAUGAAAUUCUAAUGUGGAAUUUUACAGAUAAGAUAUUAGUUAAGAAAAAGAAGACAGCUACUAAAUAGAGCUCUCAACAAAAGAAGCUUCCAUCAAACAUCUUUUCCCAUCUCUCUGUUCAGUGGUGUUAGGACCAACUACUUAUAUUCUGAGAGAGUUUCUGGGCAGAGUAUCGCAAGCUAGAAUGUUUUAGAUUCUGUGAAAGAAGACUGACCACUGCUUGAUGACUGGGUUGAUUCAUGGGAUGCAAUAUAAGCAAAAACUAAUGGCAGACAACCCCCAAAUCAGAAAAGACAUAACCAUUCUAAACACUAAGCACUAUAGUCACACUUUCCAAUAACUCAAAAGAAAAAGAAUAACUGACUAUCUUUGGCUGUCAAGAGUCCAAGUGGAUUAGUUUCUCUUACAAAAAAAGCACUUGUUAAAACUGCUAUCAAAAAAAAGGUGACGUUGGAAAUGAUCUUGACAAUUAAAAUAGCAGCAACUGAUAACUUUUUUAAGGAGUGGGAAACUUUCUGCUUUUUAGAACUGAGUUGGUCUAUAUGUUAAAGUGGCUCUGUACCAAGUCUGUUUAUAUGGUUCAUUGUUGUCCACAUUGUGUGUUGUUUUGCUAGUUUUACUUUUUAUAUAUAAAGAACUAAAAAUAAGAAUAAAGUAUUAAAUUAGUGGAUACAAU